AUGGUAUCAGCUUUUUCAAUAGGUUAAGCAAAGAGAUCUGAUCCAGCCAUCAGAUCUUCAGCACCUAGUCCAAAUGCCUAUUUACCAAAAUUACUUCACAAUUAAAAGGCCCCUAAUGGACCAGUCCAAAGAGUAGGGAGAUCAACCUCUUAUGGACCAGGACCAGGCCAAUACUAAUAUCAAUAAAAUGUCAUAGAAGGCCCUAAAUAUUCUAUAGUUGGCAAACAUGAAACCAAAUAGUUUUCCCUAUCUCCAUGCCCUGGAAAUUACAAUGAUGAGAGUUUUACCACGAUAUAUAGAAGACCACCCAUAUACACACUUGGAAUGAAGCAUUAUACAUCAGCAAAAGAGUUUCCACCAAGACCUGGUUAAUAUGAUCUCAAUAGCUCAUUUGUGUCCAACAACUCAAUUAAGUUCCUACUUAACAAAGAUUAAUAUCCUUAGAAGGAGGAAUGUCUCCUGGUCCUGGAUUACAAUAUUGAUAAGGCAGUAAAGUCGACAAUGGAGAAAACUUAACCUUCAUGGGUGAUUGGUGCAUCUCAAAGAUAAUAGGAAUUAAAGAAAUCUCAAGUUUCUCCAGGUCCAGGAGCUCAUCAAAUGAGUAAAAUGCUUAACCUGUCAAAGAAUUUCACCAUCAAACAAAAAUUGUAAUCGAAAGAUCCAAAUGUAUCUGCUAAAGGACCUGGUGCAUACGAUUUGGAUGUUUCUAUAUUUAAAUCCCACUAUCCUACUUUUAAAAUUGGAACUGAAGAAAGAAGCACAAAGAAUUCGCUUGAUAAGUUUUUUCCUAGUCCUGGAUAAUAUUAUAGAGAGAGAGUAGAUAGUUUGAGUUCUUUACAAAAGUCAGCUCCAUCAUUUAAAAUUCCGCAAGCUUUAAGGAAAGAUCUCAAUGACUCGAUUACGAUUACUACAGGUCCAGGCUAACAUUUAAAUGAUUACAAUGAAGGGUUUUAAAUAUAAUCCAAAUAACUCUGUUCAUUUCCUGGUACUGGCUAAUAUAAUCCUAACGAUUCAAUAUGCAAACCAAAGGAUGGAUCGGUUAAGAUAGUUCCUGAAUAGAGAUCAAAAGCAAUGUUAACUCAAUAUGUUCCAGGACCAGGCUAAUACUCAAUAAAAUCUACUCUUGAAGGACUUGCUUGGGGAUUCAAGAAAGAAAUUAGAUCUAAACUCAUCAGAAAAGAUUUUAAUCCAGGACUAGGAUCUUAUAAUAUUCCUCCGAAUAUUAAUGAAGUUCCUCGAUAUUUAUUACAGAAAUGA